UUCGUACUUCGUUGGUUGGCCGAUAGGACGACUUCGAAAAUGCAAUUUUCUCGUAUCAUCAGUGUGUGUCGUUUACAAUUUAGUUUAGUUUUACUUUCGACUUCGUCGUUAAUGGUUGUGUAGUUGGAGUAGUAUUUUGUCGAACGCGCGCUUAACUUAAGCUUAGUGUACAUAUAUGUACAUGGCUAUUCUUGAGAAUACAAGCACAAAACCGCUCUAAAAUAGCUCUAGCUCAGCGAACCAUAUCAUUUUCGCCUACAGCGAAGCAGCAAACUAGUGAAUUACACUCAGUGGAUGUAAAUAAAUGCAAAUAAUUGUAACGGUUAUGGCAAAUGGCCAAAUAUCGUCUAAAUAUUGUGACUUCAGCAAAUACACAGCGUAUGAAACGUUAAAAUGGUCCGAAAAAAACUGUUUGCGACAAGAACAAUUAACUCGACGAGCACGGCUGCUUUUGCGCAGCGCAAAAUGCGAACGAUUCGCGCCAAGGUGGCGAGAUCGAUAGCGAAAAUAGCGAGAAGAGCAAGAGUAACACUAAUGAUAAAUACUACCAAGAUUGUAGCGCCGCCGACACACACACUGAAAAUGAAACGGAAAUGUAAAAUACCAAAAAAUUUGUUAUUAAUUAUCGCAAUUUGUGUUACCAACUUUUGGGCGUGGCUUGGCGAGGGCGGAGAUGUUGGUGGUAGUUUACUGCCGCUUGCCUACUGCUCGCAUAUGACCGUCUCAGCUGGUGACGCCAUCGGACGUACGUUCACUAUCGAAAUGCGUGGCAAAAAUCACUAUCACGAUGGUAUUGGGGGCGGCAGUGGCAGUAGUAGCAGUUUGGAGAAUGUGGAUACGGAGAAUAUGAAUAUGGAUCUACAUGGCUUUGAUCAGGAAGGUGACGCUAGUGGUAUGCCAGUGGAAUCAAAAGAGCGCGAUCAUAUCGCCCAUCAUUUUGAUUUACCAAAAUUUGGUGAGCCAUUACAAAAUGUUACAGUACCAAUCAAUAAUCUGCAGACCUACAAAGUAAGUCGUUAAGAAUAUAAACUUACAAAACAAAUACAUAUAAAUAUUAAGAUGAGUGCAUCCACAGGUAAAUGUGUGAACUAAUUGAAAAAACAUAUAUUUUUUCAAUGAAAAUUGACAUUUAAGGAUUUCAUUUUGUUAAAGAAAGCGG